AAAACCAAUCCAUCUAGCCUUGAAUAAAGUCCAACUAGAAAAGAAAUGGUUGGAUGAAGCCUGGCAGGCUGCCUUCGUAUCUGCAGUUUGAUCCCCAUUCCUGUGCCCUGUGUCUGUCCUCCACAUUUGCAGGGUGACCGUCCCGAUCUCAGACUGCAGAGAUGGACCUGCUCCACAGCUGGGGAGUGAACCUAGCCAUCCAUUUGCAGACGGAGUACCUGGACUACGAGAAUCUGUUUCAGUGGGUGUCCUCUGUGGCCGAUCUCCACACCACGUUCUUUGUGUUUUUUCCCAUUUGGUUUCAUCUGCGCAGAGACAUAGGUGUUAAACUCAUCUGGGUGGCUGUGGUUGGAGACUGGCUGAACCUGGUGCUGAAGUGGGUGCUGUUCGGUGAGAGGCCGUACUGGUGGGUACAUGAGACUAGGUUUUAUGGUCCUAUAAAACGUCCUGAACUGCAGCAAUUCUCCAUCACAUGUGAAACUGGACCAGGAAGCCCGUCGGGUCACGCCAUGGGUUCUGCGGGUGUUGGGUAUGUGAUGGUUACAGCAGUGCUUUCCAUUGUCGCUGAAAGAAAACCACCUCCUUUACAAUAUAGAUGUUUGCAGCUGAUGCUCUGGAUGCUUCUGGGUUUGGUGGAGUUACUGGUGUGCAUGUCUAGAGUCUAUCUGGCAGCUCAUUUCCCACACCAAGUUAUCAGUGGAGUUUGUUCAGGUAUAAUUGUAGCAGAAAUAUUUUCCAGAGUGCAGUGGAUCUACAGCGCUAGUCUGAAGAAGUACGUCUGCGUGACUCUGUUCCUGCUCUUUUUCGCCGUGGGUUUUUAUGUGCUUCUGAAAGCUGUGGGUGUGGAUCUGCUGUGGACAUUGGCUAAGGCCCAGAAAUGGUGCAUCAAUCCAGAUUGGGUCCUUUUGGACAGCACCCCCUUCGCCAGCCUGCUGAGGAACAUGGGCACACUUUUUGGUCUGGGGCUUGGUCUUCACCUGUCAGGCUACAGUCAAACAGCAGGCCAGAAUCACGGUAGCGUCUCGGUCAGGGCAGCAUGCAUCGGCGUGUCAUUGGUGCUGCUGCAGCUCCUGGACAAGAUGACGUUUUCCUCAAGCAACAUGUUACUUUUCUACCUUCUGUCAUUCUGCAAGAGCGCUGUGGCCUUGGUGCUUCCCACUGCACUCAUUCCUGGAGUCAUAUGUUGGAUUUCAUCAAAAAGCAAGCAUGAAAAGGACAUUUAAUGCUGAUUUUCAAGUUAAAUGCAGUGGCUCAGCAAACAUUUUUGCAGUGUGCUCUUUAUAAAAUACCUCAUAUGGCAUGUACAGGAUGGGAAGCUGCAAAACUGCCCUCUGACCAUUUAUCAAUUUAAAAGGAAAGAGAGAAAGAAAAGAUCUUAGAAAUGUAGUUCUUUGAAAUGUACUUUGUAUUCAUAUUGGUUAAUUUUUUUGGGAGUCGCACCACAUUACUUUCAUAACCUCAACUUUUUUUUAUUUUUAUAACAGGUAUUUUUCUGAUGCAGACAAAUGAUUUUCAAAUAUUAAUAAGCAGUGUAGCAGUUUUGUGAAAAAUAAUUAGAAAAUAAAAAAUAGUUCUAUACAAGAUUAUGAGAAAAAAAGAACUUUCAUAAAGCAUUUCAUCCUUUUAGUGAUUUUUUCCCCCUACAGUAUGUCAUUUAGAAACAAUAUUAAAUAUGAAAAGUUGGUCAGCAUUAUAUAUAAAAAACCUUUUUAAGGUAUAGUUUUUAAAUAUUUUAGAAAAAUGUUCUGCAUUACAUUUCAUAAAGCAAGUGAAAAUGUAUUUGUUCAUGAAAAAAUUAGGAAAUAUUUUUUAUUUUAACUUUAUUUUUUAUUUGAUCUUUAUUUUUUAUUCAUACAUUAAUAAAGAAUAACAAUAAUAAUUCAUACAUUUUUGGGAGUUGCACCAUAUGACAUUUUACAGCCUAAACUAAUCUAACAUUUGCAGAGGUUUAUUGACCUUUACAUAGUCAGAGACAAUUUUCUUUUUUAUAUCAAAAACCCAUAGAAAUAAUUAAAGGUUAUGCUAAACUGCUUAAUAAUUCAUUUGAAAGAAUUGCAUCCUUUUAAUGCAAUAAUGAGCUUGUCUUUUAGAAACGUUUGAAGAUGAUGACUCUGAUGAAUCGAUGUGGCUGUAAUCAGCUCUUUAACAGAUCUCUCCCAGAUAACUGGAGCUAGUUGUUGGCAAGUCUUCAGAUUAUGGCUGCUCUCUGCAUAUCUUGUUAUCUGUGAAUGGUUUUAAAGGCGGCUGGUCCAUUCACUAACUAACUUUCAUUCACAUCUUCUGUUCAAAGGUCCCUCAGUCAUGCUCUGUACAUUAGGCUGGGUUCUGUACAUUGUUCAUAUGACGGCUGUUAAAGGGAUCAUUCAGCUCAGUAACUUAUAUAAGAUUUAUAGCACCAUUCAUCUAUGUAUUAUUUGGAGCUACACUUUAAUAUCCUACCAAAAACUGGCUUUAGAUGAACAGCAGAUGAUUCACAUUAGAUUGCAUUUUUUAUUUUUAUUUUUUAUUUUUUUUGCAAAUGGGUAUUUAAUUUUUUUUAAUAUAUUUUUCAAUUAUAUUGUAUUACUUCAAAUAUUAAGAUUAUAAGUGAUUGCAUGCAGUAAUAAAUGUUGGAUAUCU